UCAACUGCUGCUCCAACAACCACUGAAAAACCAACAACUACUGCUCCAACAACCACGGAAAAACCAUCAACUGCUGCUCCAACAACCACAGAAAAACCAUCAACUGCUGCUCCAACAACCACAGAAAAACCAUCAACUGCUGCUCCAACAACCACCGAAAAACCAACAACUACUGCUCCAACAACCACGGAAAAACCAUCAACUGCUGCUCCAACAACCACGGAAAAACCAUCAACUGCUGCUAAAACAACCACAGAAAAACCAUCAACUGCUGCUAAAACAACCACAGAAAAACCAACAACUACUGCUCCAACAACUACCGAAAAACCAUCAACUGUUGCUCCAACAACCACUGAAAUACCAACAAGUACUGCUCCAACAACCACCGAAAAACCAACAACCACUGCCGCAGUUACAGCUACUGCUGCAUCAACUGCUGGGCCAACAACGGCAGCACCGACCACGGACCCGCAAAGAAAUAUUUUAGAGUGCGACACAGCCAUAGUUGGAGCAGGUGAGAACUUGAUACCACCGUUUGGCAUCAAAUUCUGCAAGGGAUCGUUACUCUUGAGUAUCUUAAACGUGUACUGUUCAAAUCUCUUAAUCAUCUAUUUUUUCUACUUGCCAUAAAUUUCUUUUUAAGGAAGUAAGAGAAUUUAUCAUCAUAUUAGGAUAAUACUUUCAGAUAAUACCCCUGUCACGUUUUCAGAUAGUGUAUUGAUAUUUUCAUAGAAAGUCAGACAUUGCAUAUUAAGUAAUUCUUUUGAUAAUCUCUUCAAUUUUAAAGUCUAUUCUCUCAAUUUAUAGGUGCGGGUGGCUUAUUGGUGGCAUACUCACUUUUUGUCAAGACGAAUGAAACAAACGUCUGCGUCUUCGACACAGAGGACAGCGUUGAAAACAUUUAUGACCAUGUUUUUCCCCAAGUACCGGAUAUUGUAGUUGGUAAGUUUAACAUACCACCAGAUGUCAAGCUGUAUCUAUGUAGUAAUCAAUAGCUCUCUAUCGUUGAAUUAAGGACUGAAAGUUAUUUUACAUCGUUUACUCGCUCCACCAACUUAUCACGACAACUUUUUCUUUUCUUUUUUUCUUUUUUCAGGCUUAGGGCAGUGGGACAUUUCCGGUGACAACUAUGCAGAAAUGUAAGCGUCAAUUUAUGUCAAACUUGUUACUUAGCUGGUGGUCAAGAAAUAUGAAUCGUGACAGUUUUUUGAAAUGCUCAAAGGUACCUAGGAAUUGUUAAGAGUACAAAACUACGCCGAGCCAUUUCAUAGAAAUAUCCUUGAGUAUAAAUGCUGACCAUUAAAUAUUGAGAUGUAAUAUAAGGAUACCCAGGCAUAGAUGAGCUACCAGAAAAUAACUGAUCCUCACAAGUGAAUUGCGGCCUGGACUUGUUUGUCUUAUUUAGACUUCGAAGGGAUUGGAAUCCAUUCCCCGCUGAUAUAUAUUCAUCAAGCAACUGAGCAACAUUUCGAGAGCGGGGCAAGUUUUCGUUACUUGUUUAUCACGUGCAGACUGAACUCUGAUUUAUUUCAUCCAAGAAAAAGGGGAAAAACAGAAACGAAUAAGUAGGGCCAGUAAUGGAGACCAUAACAUCACAUUGCAAAUUAAAAUUAAUUGAGAGAUUAUAACAGAAUGUAAACUACUAGCAAGCUACGACGUAGACACAAAUUAGAAGAAAAAAAAAUACGAUUCAAUUAAUUUCUGUUUUAAUUUACAGAGACCUUUUAAAUCAUUUAUUCAACUACAAUUACGUCUUGUGGAACCCAAAAACUAGACACGUCGAAGCUCGUGGACAGUUUGCCAAUAGCUUUGAUGAUUUGAAGUUAAAGGCAUUUCCAACUUUACGGGACCGUGCGCCACUCAGGAAUCAGACACUCAUGGAAACUGCAGCUUUCAUAUAUAAUAAUCAGAGAAAUUUCACGCAGUUCUCAACCGCGGAGACUUUCCUUUCGUACGAACUGUCCCCGGAGGGAACCAAGCUUAUGGCAGAAAAUUUCGGCUUCAAAGGUGACUACAUGCAAGCCAUAAAUCCAAUGAGUUAUAGAACCUAUCUUAGGAAAGAAGAUUAUGUUACCUCCACAUCAUCAGAAGCAAAAAGGCCCCCUAAUUCCAAAGGAAUGUCCGAAAUUGUCAAAGAGCUCACCAAAAAAGUGGAAAGUGGAGGCGGUAAAAUUUAUCGUAAAGAGACAGUUGCAUUCAUCACCAAAGAGGGAGAUAAAUUUCUUCUUCAAACUACCAAAUUAACUGUGAAAGCCAAUAAAACAGUUAUCACCGUUGGACCAGCUGCUCUGAAGAAGAUCGAAGGUGACGUCAUUCGAAAUAUUACAGGUCAUCAAAUAUUUGAAUCAAUUGUUGGUGUGCCUGCUUUCUAUGGAGCAGCGGUAUAUGAUAAACCAUGGUGGAAUGACACAACUGCCACUCAAAAGAGCAACAACUUGGAGCCUUUGGAGAAGUUCAUAUCCAGCAGUGACUGCUUGGGAAUUACCAUGCCUUACAAGUUAGUACUCAUAAAUCUUAACAAUCUUCCAUAAAACUUCAAAACAAUGCGUCCUCCACGGUGAAAGUCGCCCGGGUAUUUGAACUUUAUAAAUUUGUUCAAAUUCCCGCCCCCGGGGCCAAAAUUGCGUUCAAAUGCCCCACUCGAACACAAUUUUUGAUUAAACGAUUCUUCGUGUGAUCAACGAAUGUUGUAGAAUUUAGCAGUCACAUACUUAGUUUUUUGUGCCGUUGUUGGUUUUUUCUCUUGUAAGCAUCAUUCUGCGAUGUGAAAGUCUUCUUCUAAGCCAUUCGCUCACAAAAGGGGACUCUUUGCUUCUAAACUCCUCCUUUAAAUUCAAAACACGUAUUACACGGAAUUAAAUUACACACCCUACUCAGACAAGGUUCGAAUUACCCACCUCCGGGUCGCGAACGACAGUCAAAUUUCCUUGGGUUGCCCCAGGUAAUGUUGAAACAUCGAAUUGAUCGGUGCAUAACUUCCCUCUGAGUUAAAAAAGGUGAGUUCUUCAAUAUUCUCCAGUAUAUCUUACGAUUAAGCAAGUUUAAUUCCACCUGAAAAAUAGCAUCAAAAUUUUCUCUUAUAGGAAUUGAACAUUUAGGAACUGGGAAAUAUCACGCUGAUACUUCCGAUCUAGACCAUGAUGAAGCAAAUUAAGCUAAAAUAAGUGAUAUAUCACCCUCGUGCAAAAAUAAUCAAUGAACUAUAUUGGAUUACUGUGACUUAUGACUCGAAAGCCUGUUCCUGUUCUUUUUCUUUUUAUGAUAGUGGUAAUGGAACCAGCGGAAGAGCUGUCUUGCAUACAAUAGCUAAUAACGGAGGAUGCAGCGAUAAGUGGGGGAAACUUUUGGAGAUUUCUAAAUCCAAUGAUGUUAUCGACAAAGAACUGAAACGCGCUCUGAAGUACAAGUUUCAACGUGAUAUUCCCGAUCCUUUAGAGACUACGUAUAAAUAUUGGCAGGAAGGGUUUUGGUAAGCGCAGUGUUGAAAAAUGAUAAUAAAAAAGGAUAAUAAUCGCUUAUUAUUGCUUUUUCUUUUAAAUCAAAAACCUACUUCAAAUGUUCUUAAGACAGUUUCCCCUCGAUUCUCAAGUUGUAAUCCCUUUUCCUCGUCAACAGAAACGCUAUGCAUCAUUUCGGCUCAAAACUCAUACUCUAAGUUUUCGGGUUUGUACAAUGCAUAUUCAUUACAAAGACUUCCUCUUCCGCAAAGGCUUUCCUAUUGAUAUCUGUUAAACGCAAUGAGCGUGGAUGUGGACGAACAAGCGGCCCUCGGUUUUUCGCCUGCAGUCGUCACGCACAGCGGAUAUCUAAUAGAGAGCUCUUGAGAAGGAGGGAGAAGUCAGGUGCCAACGAACGAGUGCCAACUCUGCUCACUUUUGACAGGUUCAUUUCUGCGCUUUUUUUUUUGUAAGAACAUUUAUGGAUGUUACAUUUUCAUUAUUCACCGAUGUAGGUUUUUUCAGAAGCCUGGGGCCAACUUUAACUCAACAACCAUUCGGCAGUGGGCGAGACGACCGCUGAACGGACAAGAUGUGUUCUUAGUGAACAGAGCGUACUACGAUUUCGGUGGAUAUCUGGAAUACACCAUACGAUCUGCUUUUGAGGCCGUACAAGAGGGUUGGAAUUCUGAACUUGUUAUUGAUAUAUACGAUCCGUAA